AUGAGGGAGAUUGCCGGCCAGUGCGGCAACCAGAUUGGCGCCAAGUUCUGGGAGGUGGUCUGCGACGAGCAUGGCGUUGACCCCACCGGCACGUACUGCGGCGAGAGCGACCUGCAGCUGGAGCGCAUCAACGUCUACUUCAACGAGGCCACCGGCGGCCGCUACGUGCCACGCGCCGUGCUGCUGGACCUGGAGCCCGGCACCAUGGACGCCGUGCGCGCCGGCCCCUUUGGCCAGGUCUUCCGCCCCGACAACUUUGUGUUUGGCCAGUCUGGCGCCGGCAACAACUGGGCCAAGGGCCACUACACCGAGGGCGCCGAGCUGAUCGACUCUGUGCUGGACGUUGUGCGCAAGGAGGCAGAGUCCUGCGACUGCCUGCAGGGCUUCCAGCUCUGCCACUCCCUGGGCGGCGGCACCGGCUCCGGCAUGGGCACCCUGCUGAUCAGCAAGAUCCGCGAGGAGUACCCCGACCGCAUGAUGUGCACCUUCUCCGUGGUGCCCUCCCCCAAGGUGUCUGACACCGUGGUGGAGCCCUACAACGCCACCCUGUCUGUGCACCAGCUGGUGGAGAACGCCGACGAGUGCAUGAUCCUGGACAACGAGGCGCUGUACGACAUCUGCUUCCGCACCCUCAAGCUCACCACCCCCUCCUUUGGCGACCUCAACCACCUCAUCUCCGCCGUCAUGUCGGGCAUCACCUGCUGCCUGCGCUUCCCCGGCCAGCUCAACUCCGACCUGCGCAAGCUGGCGGUCAACCUGAUCCCCUUCCCCCGCCUCCACUUCUUCAUGGUCGGCUUUGCGCCGCUCACCUCCCGCGGCAGCCAGCAGUACCGCUCGCUGACCGUGCCCGAGCUGACGCAGCAGAUGUGGGACGCCAAGAACAUGAUGUGCGCAGCAGACCCGCGCCACGGCCGGUACCUCACCGCCAGCGCGCUCUUCCGCGGCCGCAUGUCUUCCAAGGAGGUGGACGAGCAGAUGCUGAAUGUGCAGAACAAGAACAGCAGCUACUUCGUUGAGUGGAUCCCCAACAACGUCAAGUCCUCCAUCUGCGACAUCCCUCCCCGCGGCCUGAAGAUGAGCGCCACCUUUGUGGGCAACACCACCGCGGUGCAGGAGAUGUUCAAGCGUGUCAGCGAGCAGUUCACUGCCAUGUUCCGUCGCAAGGCUUUCCUGCACUGGUACACCGGCGAGGGCAUGGACGAGAUGGAGUUCACUGAGGCUGAGUCCAACAUGAACGACCUGGUCAGCGAGUACCAGCAGUACCAGGAUGCCACCGCCGAGGAGGAGGGCGAGGCAUACGACGAGGAUUGA